AUGUCUAAGGAUAAGACCGAAGAGGCAAGAGAGUGUAUGGAAAAAGCCAAGAAACAGUAAAAGCAAAUUUAUUAUUUUUGUUUUGUAAAAAAAUUUACCUCGAUCAAAUAUAAACUUAGUAUUCUGUUUUUAGUCUCAAAACGUCUCUACUGAAAUGGGCACCUGAUUUCGACCUUGCGGCUGAUGAAUACGCAAAAGCAGGUAUUUGCUUGAUUUUCUACCAUUCAAUUUAUCUCAAUACUAAAAAUUAUAAUUUUGAAAUACAAAUGUGUAAUUCAUGUUUCAGCUACAUGCUUCAGAGUUGGAAAAGCGUUUAAAGAAAGCAAGACAUGUUUUUUGAAAGCUUCAGAAAACUAUUUACAACAUGGAUCGUAUCCUUUGUUUAUAAUCGUAAAUGUAAUUUCUAGGUUAAAUUUUAAAAAACAAUAAUUUACAUUAAUUACUAAAUUUAAAAUUUUUCUUAAUUCUGUACAAUCAUUAGUUUUUUCUAUGCUGCUAAGUAAGUUUUAUAAUACAAUUUUUUUUUUAUUAUUCUGACACUGGCAAUGUUUCUGCUUAGAUGUUUGGACCAGGCAAUUAUUAUUUCAAAGGAGAUAGGUGACUUAAGCGAUGUACCUAUGUUAGCAUUAAAAGGUUGUCACUAUUACCAGCAACAGGGAUCUGCUGGAAGUGCAUCGUUGUUGUUAUGUAAAGCUGCAGAUAUGUUGUUGCAAUCAGAUCCAGAUUCAGCUGUAAAGCUUUUAAAAGAGGCAUCUAAUAUUUCUGGGGUAGGUUUAACAAGUUAAAUACUUAUAUAUAUAUAGUUAUAAUAGUUAUAUACAUUUGUGCUAUUGCUUAUUACUAACAUAUGUUUAAUUGAAUAGUUUUUGUUGAAUAAUUUGUCUUUCUCAAGGUAUAAAACGUGAGUUUAUGAGAUACCAACCCUCUCACUUUUGUGGAUUACAAAUACUAUUUUAUUCAAAUUUUUACAUUUUUUAAUAUUUUUUUUUUUUAGUCCGAAGAUUCUUUUGGGCAAUCAAUGGAGUCCACACAUAAAGCUGCACGUCUGUUGGUCAAAUUGAAAAGGUAAUAUUGAUAAACCUUUAUAAUUAUUUUAGUUUAUAAUAUUAUUGUUUUCAGGUUCGAAGAAGCAGAAGAAGAAUUAAAACGACAGUUUGAGAUGGCCUGUGAUGGUGGUCCGUCAUCCAACUUGGGCAAAGUAGCAGUUGAACUGUUUUUACUGCAAUUGGCUAAAGAAGAUAAUGUAGCUGCUAAAAAAGUAUUGCAAGAAUAUGGAGAACAAUAUUGUGAACAGUCUGAGGUAAAAUAAUAAAUAAACUUCUAUCAUGGUAACAUUAUGAUUUCUGUUUCUAUGUUAGAUUGAUAUGCUCGACAACUUAUUAAUAGCAUACACUGAUCGUGACGGUGAGCAAAUAAGAAAAAUGUUAAACAAUCCUUUUAUAAAACACAUGGAUGUUGAGUUUUCAAUACUGGCCAAGAACUUGGCUGAAAAAUGGCUGGUAGAACCUGUAUGUUAUAUAAUUACUUAUUUUUAGAGAUUGUAUUAUAUUAUUAGUUACAAUUGAAAUUAUUUUAUGUACCUAUGGUUUUAAUAUUAUAGAAAGAGCAAGUGAUCAAUAUUACUAAGGGAGAAGAUGCUGAAUCAUCAGAAAAGCUACAAAUAGACUUUGGAGGAGGACUUUGUUGA